AUGGGUUAUCCAGAGACAUUCGAGGGCUUCAUGGUCCAGUCCCACGAGAAGUGGAGUGACUUUAAGAAGCAAGAGUUCAAACCUAAGCCUCUCGGUGAGCGCGAUGUCGAGAUCGCCAUUGAGGCGUGCGGUGUUUGCGGCAGUGAUGUCCACACCAUCACCGGCGGCUGGGGUCAAGCCAGCCUCCCCGUCUGUGUGGGUCAUGAAGUGAUUGGCAAGGUCAUUGGACUGGGUUCCAAGGCCACCACCGUGAAGAUGGGUGACCGGGUUGGUGUUGGUGCGCAGGUCUGGGCUUGCCUGGAGUGCGACGUGUGCAAGUCGGGCAAUGAGAACUAUUGCCCCCAUCAAGUUGAUACCUACAAUGCCACCUACCCCGACGGCUCCAUGGCCUAUGGUGGAUACGCCAGCCACAUCCGUGCCCACGAGUACUUUGUCUUCGCCAUUCCCGAGAAGCUGGAGACCAGCCUGGCUGCGCCCAUGCUGUGUGCUGGUAUCACCUCAUACAGCCCUCUGUCGCGGGCCAAGAUCGGUCCCGGCAAGACGGUUGGUGUUGUCGGAAUCGGCGGUCUGGGCCACUUUGGUAUUCUGUUCGCCGCGGCCAUGGGCGCCGAUGUCUACGCUCUGUCUCACUCCCCUAAGAAGGAGGCCGACGCCAAGGCCCUGGGAGCCAAGGGCUUCAUCUCCACCAACGAGAAGGGCUGGAACGAGUCUCACAAGUUCAAGUUUGACUUUAUCCUAAACACCACCGACGCGACUGAUAAGUUUGACAUGGGUGCCUACUUCAGCACCCUUAAGGUCAACGGGACCUUCCACACAGUCGGUAUUUCCGACAAACCCUUCCCUCCUCUGAAUACCCCGGAUUUCAUGAGCAAUGGCUGUGCUAUCGCGGCCAGUCACAUUGGUAGUCGCGAGGAAGUUCAGGCCAUGUUGGACUUGGCUGCCAAAUCUAACAUUAAGAGCUGGGUCGAGACAAUCGACAUCAGCGAGGAGGGCUGCAAGACUGCCGUCGAAAAGGUGUACAAGGGUGACGUACGAUACCGUGUCACCCUUGUUGGCUACGACAAGGUCUUUGGCAAGCGGGCUUAA